AAUUUAUUUGCAAUGGCGUGCACGGUUUUCAUUUUUAUAUGAAAUUCUUCAAGUGAAUAGAUAAUAAUAUCCAAAUUAAUAUGAGUUGAUGUUCCGAAUGAUUGAUUAAACGGUUAUUGUUUGAUUAGCGCUUAUUUUUUAUUUUAUAAUACAACGGUACCAGUGAUUUCGCAUCUGGAAAUAAACGAACAAUGGUCCGUCACUUUUCUGAGGAACUACGUUUCGAAAAAUUUACCACUUCUUGUCAAGCAUGGGGCAAUGGAUUUUCCAGCAUUGCAGAAGUGGUGCCCCAACUAUUUCUUGUAUUUCACUGAAAAAAUUUCCAGAAAAGGAAGUCGAAGUUACAAUUACACCUAAUGGCUAUGCAGAUGGAUUGGUCUGUUAUAACGGAACCGAGUAUUUUUGCCUUCCAGAAGAGAAGCAGAUGAUGUUCAAAGAGUUUUUGAGACUUUUAGAUGAAAAACGAGACAAUUAUGUUGUCUAUAUUCAACAACAGAACUCAAACCUGACUUCCGAUUUUCCGGAGUUACUGGAAGACAUUGACGUUGAGAUAGGGUGGGCAUCUACAGCAUUCGAUAAAAAACCUGAUGCUGUAAAUUUUUGGAUGGGUGAUGAACGUGCCAUAACGAGCAUGCACAAGGAUCCCUAUGAAAACAUUUACUGUGUCGUCGAUGGCUAUAAAGACUUUAUAUUGUCACCUCCUAUGGAUUUACCUUACAUACCAUAUAAAAAGUUCCCGGUAAGGAGAUACAAAGAUGUUGGUAGUGGCAGCUUUGAGAUCAGUGAAAUUCCAAAUCAAAAAGACAUAUCCUGGAUCGCAUUGGACCCUUUAAAACCGACAACCACUAAAGGUAAACCAAGACUGUUCAGGGUUAGGGUAGAAAAAGGAGACUUAUUAUAUUUGCCUGGAUUGUGGUUUCAUCAUGUUAAGCAGAGUCAUGGGUGUAUUGCCGUAAAUUACUGGUAUGAUAUGGAUUUUACAGAUCCCAAGUAUUGUUACUACAGAAUGUUGGAAAGUUUGUGCCAGUAAGAAUGAAAAGCAGUUUUUUUUUAUUGUGACUAUUUCAAUGUGUUAUUAAUGAUAUUAAAAUAUCUCAAUACAUAAUGCAGUUUAACUCAUAACCAAAUGGAUUGUGUAUGUCAUCAUCCAUUAACUAACAGCAGAAUCAUAGACAAGUGG